CGCUCUGCCCCUCUCCUUCCUCCCCGACCCCCUGCCCCUGCCCCAUCCUUCCGCGCCUUUGCAGAGCCCUUCCGUCCGUCCGCCCAUCAGAGGCAGUGGUGACCAGCAAAACAAACACCUGCCAAGGACCCCCUGCUCGAGGCUGUUUGAUUCCUGGUGCCAGGAGGAUGCUCCAGUGGGUGCCCAGAGUGCCCAGGUGUCACACUCUCUUCCAGGUCUCCCCCUGCUGCCUGUGCUGCUGACCCCAGCCCUCUGCCCCUGGCCCCCAAAGCUCUGCAGGCUCCUGUUCUGCGCUCAGCAUGCUCCUUCCUGGUGGACCCCGGCCCUCUGAGGAAUCGCUCUGGAGCUCGAGGCCAGCCUACAGGGAGAGCAUUUUUCAUCCUUUCCAAACGUGAAAAGAGUGGCCAUCUGCACAGACCCCGUCACGCGAAAUCGGCACGAAAGCGGCUCUUUGGGGAAGGUGAUACAGCUGUGCCACUGCCUCCUCUCGUGCUGGGGAUCCUCCCACUGGUCUCCCAUCCCUGGUAGGAAAUGGAGUCAAAGGUCUCCGAAGGCGGCCUGAACGUCACCCUCACCAUCCGGCUGCUGAUGCAUGGCAAGGAAGUCGGAAGCAUCAUUGGGAAGAAAGGAGAGACUGUGAAGAAGAUGCGUGAAGAGAGUGGGGCGAGAAUCAACAUCUCAGAGGGAAACUGCCCUGAGCGGAUUGUGACCAUCACUGGCCCCACCGAUGCCAUCUUCAAGGCUUUUGCCAUGAUUGCCUACAAAUUUGAGGAGGACAUAACCAACUCAAUGAGCAACAGCACUGCCACCAGUAAACCUCCAGUGACGCUGCGACUGGUUGUACCAGCUAGCCAGUGUGGCUCUCUGAUUGGCAAGGGAGGCUCCAAGAUCAAGGAAAUCAGGGAGUCCACAGGUGCUCAGGUUCAAGUGGCAGGGGACAUGCUGCCCAACUCCACGGAGCGGGCGGUGACAAUCUCGGGGACACCCGACGCAAUUAUCCAGUGUGUCAAACAGAUCUGUGUGGUGAUGCUGGAGGUACAGUCUGUAACAAAGGGGUCCCCACCAAAAGGUGCCACCAUUCCCUACCGCCCAAAGCCCGCCUCCACCCCUGUCAUUUUUGCAGGUGGUCAGGCCUACACAAUUCAGGGACAAUACGCCAUUCCACACCCGGAUCAGUUGACCAAGCUCCACCAGUUGGCUAUGCAGCAAACCCCCUUUACUCCCCUUGGACAGACCACCCCCGCUUUCCCUGGAGAAAAGCUGCCCUUACAUUCCUCCGAAGAAGCUCAAAAUCUGAUGGGCCAAUCAUCAGGUCUGGAUGCCAGUCCCCCGGCCAGUACUCAUGAACUCACCAUUCCCAAUGAUCUAAUAGGCUGCAUAAUCGGACGCCAAGGGACCAAAAUCAAUGAAAUUCGGCAGAUGUCUGGAGCACAGAUCAAAAUCGCCAACGCUACGGAAGGGUCAUCGGAGCGCCAAAUCACCAUCACAGGAACCCCCGCCAACAUCAGCCUCGCUCAGUACCUCAUCAACGCCAGGCUGACGUCUGAGGUCACUGGAAUGGGCGCACUCUAAUUUCCACCCACCAUCCUCCACUCCGCACCACCCGACCCUCUCCAGCCAAGGGCACUCCACCCAGCCUGUACAACCUAUACAUUUACCGUCUUCCCCUUACCUCCACAGAUACUCUUUUCUUUACUAACAGAUAUAUAUAUAUAUAAAUACACACGCAUAAGCACCCACUGGAACGUUUCUUUAUGACCUCCUUACUGUGCUCCUGAGAUCGCUCCUGAACUCUUUGGUUAUGGUCCUUGUUUUCAGCGUAUGGUGUAAUUACUUCAUCUUCUUUCCAGGGGGGUCAGGGAGAGGGGGUUUCACUGGUGUGACUCAAGAAGACGCCGGGUCUCCAGUGUCAGUCUAGUGUAGCUACUGAAAUGUUUGCGUUGACGUUGGCUGUUGUUGCUGUAGCCUAUGGCCCCGUGACACCAUCCAGAGCUGUGCUCGCUGCCCUCCCCUGGUCUCCCCAGUGCUCCCCCUGCAUUUGCUUCACCCCCUGACCUCCCCUUGCUGCCUCAUGCCCCUUCCCCAAGGAUAAGGUGUAGUUUUUCACCCCUGUGUUGUUUUGGAAGCAGAAUGUGUGGGAGCCAAGCCUACGUGCAUGCAUGGGUUCACGCACAGAUGUCUCUCUUUGCAACAUGGCAGGGUCCAGACAAGCCAUUUUUAAUACUCGAGGAAGGGAAUCUCACUCUCUCUCACACACAAACACACAUACACAAAAUUCCCUUUUUGUAACGAGCAACUGGAUGCAGGAAGAAUUCAGCUGUACAGGAUUCACACCCCCAGGGGCAAAUGAAAGCACUCUUUGACAAUCCCCACAAGCAACCUUUGGACAAUAGCUCAGGAAGAUCUGUGAGCCAGCCGUGUU